AUGGAAACUGCUCAGGAACGAAAGCCAAAAAGGCCCCACUACAUUCCCCGACCGCCAGGCAAGCCUUACAAGUACCAGUGUUUCCAGUGUCCUUUCACCUGCAACGAAAAGUCCCAUCUCUUCAACCACAUGAAAUAUAACUUGUGCAAAAAUUCCAUCUCUUUGGUGUCCCAGAAAAAUGUGCAAACAGGCCGACAAGUCAAGGCUGUAGCGAAGGGAGUCCCUGUCAAAUCAAAGGACUGUCCAAGCCCUCCGCCAGCAGUUCCGGACAAAAGUCCUGAGACAGAGGGAACUGAGGAGAGCAAAGCAGAGAGCAUAGAUGACACAGAAGAAGUCGACGUUGGGUGUGACAGCCCAGUCAAUAAGGACAGCCAGAGUUUGACAACAUCAGAUACAGUGACAGAGGGAGAGAACAGGGAGAGCACUGAGGGCAAGUCUCUGCCGCGCCCAUCUGCCUUCUCCCCUGUCACACCCAAAAGUGACGGAACAGAAGCCUUCAAGUCAUCAAGUGUGCAGCAGUCGGAGGAUUCACAGGCUCCUGUUCCCACUUUCAACCAUCCAGGCUUCCCAUGGGGCACGAUUCCAUCAUCCAUUCCCUUAAAACCAUUCCCCCCUCCCAUGGUUCCUGAAUACCCCCCUUACCUGCUGCCUGACCGACCCCUGUAUCCACCAUACUACCUUCCAGCAAACCACCAUGCAAAUGAGCCAAACUCUCCUCCUUUCCGGCCAGAGUUUAUAGAUCCCCAGAGGCCUGUGAUGCCACAACCCAUUGCCCCACCUCACACAUCCCUCUUUCCCCCAUACCCAUACAGAUACUGCCACCCUCUCCACCCGGGACCCCCUCUGCAUUACACCCUGUACAGACCCCAUGAGCUCUCAAUGCCAAUUGCAGGACCCAGAUAUCUUCCUUUGGAUUUGUAUGGCUCAACCCUUGGACCUAAGGACUAUGACUUAUACAUGCAUUCACAUCCAAGUCACAACAGCCUUAACACCUCCACACAAGAGGAGAGCAACCAUGGGCAAAGUGGAGACAAGGAAACCAGGCUGAGUCCUAAAGAGGGCUGUUCAGCCUUGGGGUCCCCUGACAGACCAAGUCAUGCACACACCAUCCAGAGAGACACAGAGGCCUCACAGUACACCAACAAGGGUGAGCCACAGUCAACCACCCAGCUCGGACACACAGCUACAACCAUACAAGCCAUCAAACAUGACCAAAGACUUGAGGAGUCUGCAGAAAGCUUGCUGCAGUUGAGAACUCUGCACGUGGAUGGAGGAUCAGUUGAGAGCAGCAGUUAUUCCUCAAUGCCUGUGUCUGAACCAUGUCCUGAAACUACCCCAGAAAAUGAGAAGGACAACAGAGAAGAUCUGGCCCCCCUAAACCUUUCAACAAGGAACCAGGAGGCAGAAAAAAGCCCAUCUGCCCACAGACAGAGGUGCUCAGAGAAAUUAAAGGGGGAAGAGUUGCCCCUGAACCUCAGCCUUCGAGCUUCUUAUAGCAGCCCCGCUCACAGCUCUGCACUGAGCACUUCCGAAAAUCUCCAGCAGAGUCGAGACACUGAGCUGGAUGAAGAACCGUGUGACCAGAGGCAGAAUGCAGCGCUGGCACUGUGUCAGCUAGCUAUUGCAAGCUCUGCUGCCUCUUUGUGUGACUUCAGCACCGCAGAAAGACCCACGGAGAAAUGCACAGACAAUACAAAUUCUACGUCUCAUAAGAAGACCAAGCACACAGCCAAGGCAAAGACAACUGGCAUGAAAAGAGCAAACAGUGGCCAGGAUGAAACCAGGUGCCAUAAACCGAACAAGAGAGCUAAAGUACCAGGGCGGGCUCUGAGGAGGAGGGCUCGUUGCUGCUGAACUCUGACUGUUAUAAUAUUUGGUAAGAGGGACUCUAACCUUCACCACUGCAAGACUCAACUUGAAAAGCAGCAACUUAUUGAACAUAAUUAGUAAUUAAAUGUAUUGCACUGCCACAAGGUCUAC